AUGUUAUUCUUAACUUAUGAUAUGAUUAUAUCAUUAAUAUUAAUCACUUCAACAUUAAUGAUCACAGCGAUCGAUUAUGAAGAUAAUGAUUUAGCUAAAGUAUGUCGACCUUUGGAUCGUCAAAUGGAUUUAUUAUUCAUUCUGGAUGGUUCUGGUAGCGUUAGUGGAAGUACUUUUGCAACACAACUUACUAUGCUUAAUAAGAUAGUUGACAUGGUCGAAAUUGGACCGAAGAAUACGCAAAUUGCUGUAAUGCAAUAUUCAUCCUACACAUUAGUGGAAUUUAAUUUUAGUUCCAAUCCAAACAAGGAAGCACUUCGUACUUCAAUCCAAAAAAUUCGACAUAUUUCGGGAACAACAAAAACUGGCAAGGCAUUGGAUAAGGCACUUCAUGUUUUCCGUCAUGAUAGCAAUUCUGGAGCACGAAUGAAUCAGGAUGAUGUGGCACAGGUAGCUGUAGUUGUCACCGAUGGUCAUUCACAUGAUGAUCCAGUACCAGCUGCUGUGCGACUUCGUCAUGCUGGUAUUCAAAUACUUGCUCUUGGUAUUGGUGCGCAUAUUAAUAUCGGUGAACUGGUGGAAAUUACCGGUGAUGAAAAUCUUGCUUUCCAGAAUCUUACUUCUAAAUCUUCAUUUGAUCAAUUUGUGCAUCAACUCAAAAAGAUUGCUGUUGGCGAGCAUUGCGACUUCUCUCGAGGUCCACUUGGUGCUGAAAUAAACUGUCAUAGUGAUUCUGUGGAAAUUAUUGUUUCUACAAUUAAUCCAUUCUAUGGACAUCUUUAUGUGUCUGGUCAAUUUCAUCGUUCAGAAUGUACCGUAACCGCACGAAAUUCAUCUCUCAAAGAAAUUCGCCUUACAAUAGAUCUUGCUUCGUGUAAUAUUCAGAAACAGAUAAAGCAAAAUCUUAUGGGUACAUUAUUCGAAACAAAUGUCGUGCUGAAAUUUCAUCCAUUAUACAACACAAAAGUUGAUAAGGUUUUCAAGGUGCAAUGUUUUUAUCCUGAAAAAGCACCAAAAUUGACAAGAAAAUAUGUGGACAAUCGAUUGGUUCUUAAUGAUAAGAAUGAAUUGAAAAUGCCUUGUUCCUAUAAAAUCCUAUCAAAUUCGAAACCAAAUGAUAAAUGUAAAUUGGAAGAUGUACGUAUCGGUGAUCAAAUUAUUCAUUCAUGGGAAUGUGAUAAAGAUUCUUUCGAUACAUAUCAGUCGAUGCUUGUUCACAAUUGUGUUAUCAUCGAUUUAAUCAGUGGUACUGAAAAGACUAUUAUUGAUUCGGCCGGAUGUGCACUUGAUAAUUCGGUAAUGGAUUCACCGCAAUAUGUGGAAUCAUUAUCAGCAUUUGCUAUCGGUAAAGCGGUGAAAUUUCCGGAUGGUUCAAUGAUUAAAAUGAAAUGUCAUCUACGAUUUUGUGAUCGUUUACUGGGUGAAUGUGAUACCAUUCUGUCCCCGCGAUGCCGUAGAAAUCGUCGAGCAGCAGAAAGAAGCAAUGAAAAUAUCAAAUCCAUAAAUGCAUCGUUGAAUGAAAUGAACUGGUCUUGGGAUUUCACAGGUUCCACUAAUGGUAGUGAUGAUAAUGAAUACGAAGAAGAAAUAACGGAAGCGAUCACCUUUACUAUAGCAACAACGAUAGCAUCAACAACAACAACAACAACAGCAACGACAACUUUGACAGCCAUACCAUUGCUAACUUUUCAUCCAACACAACCAGAGAAAUUAAUGCCAUCACAUCGACGUUUAACGAUCGCGGAACGUGUAAAAGCAUCAGGAAGUCAUUCGGUUAGAUCGUUACCGCAUUCAUUAAUACCGAGCAAUCUCGAUAGAGUUUCCCAUCCUCUCGAGAAACUAAUCAAUGAUGAUGAAGAACCAUUUAUUAUUUCAUCACCACAAGCUAAUAACAAAUCUCCGAACAAUCAUCGUCGUAUUAUUGAUUUUCCAGUAGGUGGUAUGGAUGUAAAAAUUAACACACAAAAUGUUGCAAUUGUAAGCAACGAUCAUUUAAAACAACAAUAUCAACGAGAAUUGAAAGAACGUCAAAAAAAGGUGAAAUCAUUAACGAAAAAUAUCGCAAAAACACCAUUAACAACCAUAUCAUCAAUAUUAUUCGACAAAGCAAAUACAUCUGCGAACAUAUUCAAAGAUGUUAGUAAAGGUGCAGAAGGAAUAUUACAUCGAUUGAAUAAUAAUCAUACCAUGCCUAAAACAACCGAUACCGAAUUCCAGGAAAUCACAAAACAAAUGAGCAAUCGGGUACGCAUUGAAUCGGAGGAAUCAACAGAAGAAUUAAUGGAAGAUGUAAGAGGAGUUGCAGUAGUACAACUUGAACAAAGAAUACAAAAGACACUUCGAUCAGAUUCAAUCAUUAUUGAAUCACAGGUUAUAAAUGUUCGCGAUUUGGAGAUAAUGAAUGAUCCGAAUUUGAAAGAAAAAUGGUGUAGGAAAUGA